AUGAAAAGAGAAGAGAGCGCACAAAGUGGUACUGUUCGCAGCACCUGCGCCCCUGCGCGCGUGCAGGCGAGUGGAGGCGGCGGCGAUGGCGGUUGUGUAGAUGGAGGUGGAGGCAGCGGCGGCAAAGGAUACUUCAAGGAUCGAGCCGUCGUCGGAACAAUGGUGGUUAAUAGAGCGGUUCCGAACGGCGCGGCGGGUCGCCGGCUUACCUGGGGGCUCGACCCCGUGACCUGCGGGCAUUGUGUCUGA